AUGCGAUUCAAGUCUGUAUCCAAACACUGGCUUUCUCUCAUCACCAAUCCCUACUUCGCACAUUGUCGGAAUCCCAACUCCAGCUCUGUCUCCGGCCUAUUCUUCUACUCAUCCAUGAGACGCCGCAACGCAGAACUCAAUUUCAUCCCUCUUCAAAACAAUGAAAUCCUGAGCGAUGACAAUGAUUAUGUCUACUUGACACCUUUAACAACAAUUCCAAGCCUAUCAGGUAAAGGGAUUUUGAGCUCAUGCCAUGGAUUAUUAUGUUGUUCUAGCUAUUCCAACCUUGAAGGAGGCGACUAUCAAUUUCGCUAUCAUAUCCUCAAUCCUACCACCAAGCAAUUCAAGUCGCUUCCUCAACCCCGUGAUGGCCAUAAAGGUUUGAAUUUAGUUUUUGACCCGUCAAGAUCACCUCACUACAAAGUGGUCUGCGUUUGGCACGUUGAUCACGUUGAUUCAGUUUUGUCAGUUGAUUAUGAUCGAAACAAGCAUUGUUAUCAGAUUGAGAUUUACUCAUCGGAGACUGGGUCUUGGAGGGCAUGUGCUGAACCUUUCACAGCUAAUCAAAAUUCUGAAUUUCUUGGCGGGGUCUACUGGAAUGGCGCGAUUAACUGGAUCAGCACAUCGGGGGACUCAUUAUAUUUCAACGUGGAGGAGGAGUGCAUUGGAACUAUUCCAAUGCCUCCAAUUCCUUAUGGGGAUUGGAAAGGGAGGCCAUUUAGGUAUUACGGGGAGUCGAAUGAACAUUUGCAUCUCGUUAUAAUAUACGGUCCAAGGAUUCAAUUUGAUGUUUACGAGAUGGAGAGAGAUUACUCUGGGUGGUUUGUGAAGUAUUGUGUCGAUCUUGGUUCAGUUGGAGCUGCGUUUCCCCAGAUGAUGCAAAGGCUCUCGUGGGAUCCAAUGUAUUACUCGUUUGCUAUACUUUCACUUGUACGAGAGGAAAAAGACGAUGAGGACUCAUUUCUGGUGUUGCAUGUACCGGGUAAGAUUUUACGGUACAAUCUUGGAGAUAAGAGUUUUGAGAAGAUAUGUGAUGUUCGUGACGAGCAUUGUGAUGGUAAUGGCAUGAUUGAGGAUUCUUUGAUGUAUUUUUGGUUUCAUUCCUUCCAAUACAUUGAGUUUGUCUCUUGUAUCUGA